AAAGGGGGAGAGUCCCGAUAUCUCGUUUGAAUCCGCGCAUAAAUCCGGGCCGAUCGCGGGAUUUAUCUCAUGGAUCCCCCGCCCGGAACUCGUCCCGCAUCGGCCAUUACGCCUCCCUCCCUGAUCUUCUCCCUGUCCUCCUCCGGAUUACGCGCGUUUACACACUCUGCGUGUUUUACAUUUCGUCGCUUCUCUCACCCGCCAAAAAUACUUCAGCCCUGCUGCGAUCGCCCCUGGCGCGGCGGCGCGAUCCGAAAAGCAAACCUCUCUCUCUCUCUCUCUCUCUCUCUCUUGGCCCAGCCUGCAUCGCGCGCUGCAGGCGCGUGUGUAUCGCGCGCGUAUACAGGGAGCUCAGAGUGUGGGGGGUGGGCACGGAGCCUGAAUAGAGCAAGCUCUCUGUCUCUCUCUUUCUCUCUCUCUCUCUCUCUCUCUCCGUCGGUGAAAGAACGGUAUAUACGGAAGAGAGCGUUUUCCACGGCUGCAGCGGUUCGCCCCCCCCCCCUUGUCAUCGAUUCGGAUGUUCUCCGCCCUCUCGCGGAUUUUCCGCUAUUUCCAGCCAGCCGCCUUUUUAUAGCACUGGCCCAGUCUAUUUUCGGACGCUUUGUUUGCCUCUGAAUAUUUCAGCGAGCUCGCCGCAGUAGUAACGGCCGAAACGCUCAGACGCGCGCGCUUCCUCGGUAACGAGCUCACUCGUCGCGCGAGAAUUGCGUUAGCUUUUCGGGCUACAUGUAUACUCCACACACACAUACACACACAUACACACACAAACUCGGUACUCGCACAAAAGCGGCUCUCCAGAACUAGACUGCGCGCAUGAAAAAUUCAGCUGCCGACCUCGAUUCAGACUCGCGCCGUGUGUGCGCGCGCUGAGGGCUUUUAUCGGAGCACAAAGCGCGCAACAAACGGCGCAAGGACCGCGAGUUCACCAAAAUGGCGGUACCCGCGCCUGCGCCCGCUCUCUACAGCCGUCUUUGAGAAACUCGCCCCAAUUCCCUCGUUAUUCCUUGAUUUCGUUAUACACGUGUGUCGCAGCCGACGAUCUCGUUCGCGAACAGCGUGUCGGUAGAGAAGUAAGCGCUUCUCUGCUCGCACAGCUCUGACCUCUGACCCCCACAGUUGGCCAGCAGCAGCCGGUCCUCCAACUCCUGAGCGAACACCUCGUGGGCCAUCGACAUGGGCAAGAAGAAGAAGGAGCAGGAGACGCCGGUCAGCGGCGACUGCAAGGUUGCCACCGUCGAGGUCGAAGCCUCGGCCGCCGGCGAUAACACCGCCACGUUACCCGUCACUCGACCCCUCAACCCCCAGGCUGGAGCUGCCGGGGGCGCCGAUCAACCCGCCAACGCGCAGGACAACGCCGAGAAGAACAACGCCGCCAACAAGGAGAUGGAGCUCAAGAACGUGCGCUCCACUCCGGCUAAAAAAACGUCCCUGUUCAUAAUAAUGAGCUUCAUCUACGCGAAGCUCCUGGUGGUGGUGUGCAUCGCGUACGUGAUAAGCGAGGUGGUGACGCACAAGCUGCCCCUCUGGUACUACGAGGGCUUCUUCACCUACCUCUACGGCGUGAGCAUCCUCUUCCUGCUCUACGUCUUCUGCUUCCUGCUGCAGGAGAGCGCGUGUUGCUCGCGCGGCGCCGACACCCCACCGCCACCGCCCAAGCAGCCCAAGCAGCCCAAGGAGAAGAAGGACAAGAAGGACAAGAAAGACAAGAAGGACAAGAAGGAGAAGGACACCAAGAGCAAGAAGGAGUUCCAGGAAUGUUUAUUUCAGGACGCCACGGACGUCGAGGCCGGAGUGGCCACCCGCGCACUGCGGAAGCGCAAGACCUCCCAGAACGACUCCAGCCAUGGAAGCUUCUUCCUGCGGAUCGGGGCCAUCGCUUUUGGCCUGGGAACGAUGGUCUACAACGGACUGGAAUUCGGUAUCUUCUUUGAAGUCCCGCCGACGUCACCUUGCUAUCAGAUCCUCCAAGGCGUUAACCCCGUUCUUCAGAUGAUCUUUACUUUCAUGCAAAUGUACUUUAUCUUCAUGAAUUCUAGGCUGAACAUUCACCGAUUCAAGGUAAUAGCGAGGUUCGGUCUGAUGCACGUGGUCGCCACGAACGUCUGCGUCUGGAUUCGAACCCUGGUCCUCGAGAGCAUCAAGGAGAUCGCUCAGUACCACCGGAACCUGCAGAAGGCCGACAUCGGCAUCUUAGCGAGCAUAAAGGACCACACGCUGCGCAACGCCGGCGCCAUCCUCGGCGAGCGUCCGCGCGACAUGGCCGGCAACCUGCGCCUGGGCACACCCACGCCCUACUCCAACAAGUUCGCCCGCACGGUGGCCACGACCACGGCCACCUUCAACCGCAUGAUGCGCACGACCGUGCGCCCGGUCGCCCGGGCAGUGACCCUCGGCACGACCACGACCUCGACCAGCACCGCCGGCAGCACCGAAUGGCCCAUGUCGUCCUCCACCUCCUGGCCCUCGUCCACGACGACGACGACGACCAGCACCACCGAGGCGACCACCAGCACCUCGACCUUGGCGCCCACGACCACCUCGACCGCGGCCACGACUCUGUCCACCUUCCUCACCACCCUCAUGCCCACGAAGAAGGACAUCCUGACCUCGCCGGCCAUCGCCUCGAUCUCGACCUCCACCUCGACCGGCUACCCCACGGCCACCUACGCCUCCGACAUCUUCAGCGACUUCGAUCUCCAGUCGGACAGCAAGAACAACAUCCCGCGCUUCGCCGACGUGGCCAACCUGACGGCCGCCAACCUGACGGCCGCCGUCGGCAGCAGCGUCAGCCCGCUCUGGAACCCCAGCUUCAACGUCUACGCCGAGGCGCUGACCGCGAGCGAGGCCAGCCUCAUGAACAACAACAGCACCUGCGGCAGGAUCAACAUCAUGGGCACCAUCGUCAAGGACGCCGCGCCCUACCUCUUCCCCUUCAUCAUCGAGUACAGCUUGAUCGGCGCCGCCGUCAUCUACGUCAUGUGGAAGCACAUCGGACGCCACCCGCGCUGGCCACACCAGGCCGAGGCUGACCUCGAGCGCAGGCUCGAGGCCAUGCUCUCCAGACGCGCCGUUGCUCUAGCUCACGCAGAUGAGUCUGCCGAAAAUGACGAGUCAGGAAAAGUCGAAAGCGAAAAGCAAGAAGAAGUCAAAGUAGAAGCCAAAGUAGAAGGCAAAGUAGUCAAAGGUCACGGCCGAGUCGACUGCGUGGGAGCCAGCAAGGGACUGUUCUUCGGGCUCCUCCUGCUCGUCGGGUCCCUCAUCUGCCUGAUCCUCUUCUUCGUGCUGAUCCAGCACCCGGAUCUCGGCCUGCUGGCCAUCUACCUCGCCGACGUGUCCCACUGCGCCCUGAUGGCCCUCUCGAUCAUCGCCAUAAUCAUCGGCUUCAUUCGCGUGCAGAGCCUCAAGUUCAAGGCCGAAGAGCAGAGCGACCUCAACGACAUCCUGCUGCGCGUCUCCGCGUUCGGUCUCUUCAUCUACGCCGUGUUCAGCGUGAUCGCCGGCUCGCUCGCCGCCUUCACCCACGAGCCCAACCUCCUGGUCAUGAUCACCGGUCUGCUGGCCGUCUUCCAGGUCACCCUCCAGAUGCUCUUCAUCGCCGACGUGUCCCGGCGACGCGUCCACCUGCCCGAGCACGACCGCAGCAAGCCCGGCCGGCAGAUCGUCACCUUCCUGCUCAUCUGCAACGUCACCAUGUGGGUCAUCUACACGUUCGAGGCGCAGAAGGUCGCGGCGAACCCCGUGCAGAUCGACUUCUACGGCUUCCUGCCCUGGGCCAUCGUCCAGAGGGUCACCGUGCCGCUCUGCAUCUUCCACAGGUUCCACAGCGCCGUCACGCUCGCUGAGAUCUGGAAGACCAGCUACAAGGCGCGCCUCGAGUAAGGCGUUCGCUCGAGCGAAGGACGAGGAAGAGGAAGAGAAGACAGGACGCGAGUCACCAAGAUCACACGCUGGAUGAGAAUCGAGAUCAUUUAACCGACGUUGGAUUGGGGUGAGAGACGUGUGUACCUCCCGAUCUCACCCGAUGGUGUGGCUUUGAUUUACACGGCGAUUGCGUUGGACCGCUGAUGAUCGAACGAGAGGAGGUGGCGCGCGCCCCUUUGCGGUGCGGCGUCACGGUGAACUGCGCAUGACAACGAACGACGAACUCGUCUCUCUCGGCGCCCUGGGACGCCCACGACUUUAUUAGUUUUCAUCGACGAGGUUGUGAGCACAUUCGUUCUCACUCUGUACACUCGAGGUUCUUGUUGCGUUUAUGCGUUCGUUUCCGGGUUCUUAUGCAUUUAUGUAAUGUACAAAUUGUCACUAGCAUGUGACGCGCGCGAGCGUCACCCCGUGACACCGCCGCCGCGCGAGUCGAUCGUCGAAACCGCAUGUCUAACGUUCGUUUCGACGACGACGCAGAAACACAGAUUCGAUAUUAACUGAUACGUACACAAAGAAACAAACACUUUAUUCGAUCAGCCCCCGAUGAGCCAAAAUAGAGAGUAUUAUUACAAAUACAAAUAACGUGACGCAAAAGAGAUAUUUAAAAGGCGCAUUUAGUUUCAGGUGAUUUUUCGAUCCAUUCUAUACGGCUUUUUGACGAUCGCGAUCGUCGCAUUUUCUACUUUUAUACCUUUGCUCGGGUCGAGCGCGCGCUCGCACGUCGCGUCCGAUCGACGAUGUCUAAAAUAACACUUCUGCGGCGUGUGACGCCAAGGCGCGGACGGAGCGAGCGUCACGCACGACGCGGCACAAAGCAUUACACACACAGGCUCGGCGCGGGCCCGAUUCUUUUGUCGGCUCGGCGUCGCGGCCCACUUUUAGUCUAGAGAAGAGGAAACUUAGCAGCGGAGUUGUAGGGAAAAACAAAAACACGAGAAUCAAAAGCCGACACACACACAAACACGCGGUUACAUGUAUUAGGGUAUUAGACACGUGUACAUCGGGAAAUUUUUGCGCUGCGACGCGGAGGAGACGCGGGGCGUUGGGCAACGUUGUCUGGAGAAAUAGCUCGGAUUUCGAUGAUACAAAAGACGCGAUUGGAAGCGAGGGACAACUCUUGAUCGCAGAUGGGCUUGUGAACCAUGGACUUGAAUCGUAUACACGAUUAAACAAGGGGACGAAAAAUUUGCCAAAGAUUUAACAAUGGGAAGAAGAGAGGACGAAAUUUCGAAAAAUAUACCAAUUUACUACCUGUAACGCACACCUUUCUUUUUCCCAAGUCUGUGUUCAAAGUCGAUCAAUCAGUGCGAGACUACAAACAAACAAAAUGAACAAAAAAUAAUAACAAGAGUACAAAAUUUUAUUCGUACCUUUACGAAAAUCUAAAAGUACGAACCGUGCAAUAGUCCGACUGAAUCGGAUCUAUAGAAUCACUCAUACACCCCAUCUGAAACGAUUGAUUGAAGCGAAAAGGGUGGCAAACGAAAAAUAAUACAACAAUCGACGUAGGCGGUUUUUAGAAAAACGCGUCACGAGAAAGAACAACAUCAAUAAUUAAACGAAGGCGACGUGUCCAGUUUGAGUAAAAACAAGUAACCAAUGAAUUAGCUAACUCGUAGAUGUACGCAAUUUUAGCGCGACGCGGAAGAUAUGCGAAAGCAGUAAAUAAAUAAAAGCGUAGAGGCAGUAGUGGAUAACAGUGGUGUUCUAGAGGAAAAACAAAUAAAACGAUUCAUCCAUUCUCACGAGUAUAAGAAACGUAUAUAUGAAUAAAUAAAAAAAAAACGUAACGUAAACAAACCUUCACACAUGAAGUCUAGAAGAAUAAAAGAAUUAUUACAAUUAUGUCGCUAUUGAUUAGUGUCUAAGGCCAUGGAUUUUUGGCCGCGUACAGAAUCGAUACAGCAAACUGUGUAUUAUUAUAACGUCGCUAAUAUGCCGGUGAUAUGUAUAAGAUAAACAUGCGAUAUAUUUCAACGUGUUCUAGGAAGUGUAAUAUUAAUCAUUAUUAGCCCCGAAUUCCCGCAACAGAUUUAAGAAAAUUAAAUUAAACUAUAAAUGAAUAUAUAUAUAUUAAAUUUAAAUGAUUAUAUAAGUAUAAACAAGUCUCUUCGGCGAAUUCCCCUUUGAAGAGCGCGCCACAAGCAAGCAAGCAAGCAAGUUUAAUUUAAUAUACAUUAUAUUAUACAUAUAAAUAUGAUAAAUAAGUAUAAGGAAAAACAUGAAGCUCUAUAUCUAAUCAUCCUCGUAAACUCCAUCCUAUUCAUAGCUUUCCGAGUCUACGUACUUAUGAUUAAAGAAAACACGAUUAGGUACAUUGAAGCUAAACAGAAAUAAAUGAAUUAUAAGUAUAUGAAGUACAUUAUAAAUAAUAUAUUAUAUGCAUAUAAAUGAAACGAUUAACAGAUUAAUAUUGCUAAGGAUGGUUUAUCGAUUGUCGCGAUGUAUUCGAUUGUGAUGAAAGCGAAACAAGGCUGGGAUCGAUAUAAUGUGCGAUAUAAUGAUUGCGAGGGAUGGAAGUAACACCACGACGACGAACAAAUAAUAAAAUGACAAUGAGGAUUAAAACAUUAUACAUAUACAUACCCGAAGCGACAAUGCGAUAUUAAGGAAAAGAAUAAAUACGAUAUUAUUAUAUACAUACAAAGAUAAUAUAUAAAUAUGAUAUAUUAUAAUUAUUAUGUAAAGGCAUAAUUGUAUCGACUUAUUGUGUGCGAGUGAGGGGAUGAAAGUGAACAUUCGUGCGUAUGAUAUGAGUUACGAUGAUGUAAAUAUCAGUGAGUUGUACGAAGAAAUAUGAGUAUGUUUGCGUGUUUUAAUGCAUUUACUUGGUAUUCUUAUAUGUGUUGUUCUUUUUUAUUAAUCGCUAUAUCGCGGUCGUAAUAUAGUUAAGUUAUUAUUAUCCUUUUCUCACUCUGUAUUCGAUCACUAUUACUAUAUGAUUAUCAUCAUUAUUAUACAUUAAGUAAAGUAAUAAAGAACAAAAGAGAAAGCAAAACUAUGAAAGACGCUGUUUUUCUUGGCGUUGAUGAUUGUAAAAAUAAAACGCGAACAACUAAUGGAAGCGCGGGUUAAAUUCAGUAGCUUGAUCUCUAGCGAUGAUUUCUUUUUCGUUGAAUUCACGAGAAUAUGAGAGCACGCGUUGUGAAUCUUAACUCAGUCUCACCAAGAGAAACCAGUAAGUGAAACGAUGAACAAAUGAAAAAUACAAACAAACGCCAAAUCAUACGAGUUGUUCGUUAUAAAGUGUAAUUGAACAAUGCACUGCCACACCGGACCAAACAAAUGAAAACAAAUAAAUAAAUAAAUAAACCGAGAAAAGUCGAACACGAACAGCGAAAAACAAAAGUAUAAAAUUACAAAGAAUAACGGCUCGCAUUGAUCGAUGAGUUGGACGAUGAGACAUGGUCCCACAGCUACAAACAAAUGAUUCCCCCUUUGAGUAGUUCUCGCGAUCGAGAAUAGCGUUAUUGAUCGUUGUACUGUGUUGCAGGUGCUUGAGAAGGUUAUAUAGACGUGGGCUGUUGUUUUGAUGACAAGAACAAUCGGUACUUAUAUGUUGUUAGGCAAAGAUAAUCUACUUGAGAGCGUAUUACAUCGAGAAACUCCGCUGAGAAUGAAAACCGAAUGUUUUUGGGACGAGGCCCAAGCGACGACGAUGAUUAUAAACACUGAUGAUGAAAAUAAAUAAAUGAAAGCUGACGAUUAUAAUUACCAGAGAGGGUGAGUUGCGAAAGUAUAACGGGAGAUGAGAAUUUUUGAAUGUUCGAGGAGGAAGAACAAAGUUAGAGAAAUAUCCGGCGAAGGAGACGACAGAUGGAAUAAUAAUAUUAAUAGAAACAAAAAAAAAAUGUAAGCGACAGGUGAGAGAAGGAGAGGAUGACGUGAAAAUUAAAGCAUUCUUGUAUAAGUACACCGAUAUCUUAAAAAAAAAAAAUAAAUAGUAGCUGUAAGCCUAAACGAUUGUAAGGCCGUGGAUUUGCGAGGGAGAGAAUAGGAGGGAAAACGUGGAAAUAAUCGCGAGAGAAUCUUCCGCGAGAGAAAUUUAAAGGGGAUGGAAUGGUCGAUCGGUUACAUAAGUCCAAUCAAAAGUGGGAGGGAAAAAUUUGUCGAUUGGUUUCUUUAGACUCAUACGUGUAUAAGGCAAAAGUGAGCAAAGUACUAUUUUUUAAAGACGUUUUUUCGGGAAGCAUAAGCGAUUCCUGCAUAAUACAGACUAGAGAGAUAUAAUACGGAGGGGUCGACGUGUACAUUGAGUUCGCGAGUUAUAUUCGAUGCGGGUGACGAUAUACGAUGGGAAAAACGGAAAAAACACUUGUGAUUUUAGUUGUUCGAUUGCCAACUAUAACGCCGCAAACGGUGCGUAGCAGGUGUCAGUCGUCUGGGGAUACACGAGCACCUUUUUUAUUGCAGUUUUACAUUAUUAGUAUAUCUAACUUGAAAUACGCGACGCAGCACAGAAUUCGAUAAAAAAAAGCGCGCAUUAGGAAGUCGAUAGGCAAAUCCACGGUCUCGUUAUUUAAACAUUACGUAGAAUGUUUUUGAUGUCUUCGACUAUAAUUAUUCAAGUUUGUACACACACGCACAAGUGACUCUUACACUUACGACUAUACAGUGACACAAUCGAACAUUAAAUGUAAAGGAAUAACAGAAAAUAAUAAAAAAUGAAAAAAGCAAGUACGUGUUGUCGAGUAACCAAGUUCUUUAAGAGUCGAGUAGCGAUUUAACAAAGUGUUUUAAAAAGAAAAAUAAACAAAGUAACAAAAAACCCGAGAGGUAUAUAUAUUGAACACGAUAUGUAUAUCACACUCUACGCAUCAUUAUACACCGACUACAUGCAUAACAAAAAAAAAAUGAUAAGUAUAUAUAAAAAUGGAAAAAAAACCACCCACGCAUUAUCCCAUACUCUCGAUUCAUUCGUUCGCUAAUUCAUUGACUGUAAUAAAAUAAAACGUGACGUUAUAGAGGACGUUUCAUUGUGUCCGUUUGAAAUGGCUCGCGCAAUGUCUCAUCCGCGUAAUUUGUAACGAUAACGAUGAAAUUGGUUGGUAAAAGUUAUCUAGAUGUAAAAAAAAAAACAACACAACAACAACAAUAUGUA